AGCCGGCAGUGUUGCAGGCGUGGAGCGGAAGUGCGGGGAGCGGGGCCGGCGCCUGGCGGGUGAGGGCGGAAGUGCCCGGCGCAGGGCGGAAGCAGAGACGUUGGCGGCGUGAGGCUCAGGAGUAUACAUCAGAGGAAGCCAAAAGCCAGCUGGAAUAGUUCCUGAAUACAGUUUUAAUCUUGUUUGCAAUUAUUUCAAAGGGGAGAAAUCAUCUGGAUCAGGGGGAGUUCCAUCUUGGAUACUUAGACAAUUGCAAGAUGAGUGCCCUAGUGUCACCUUCCCCAUUUUCCAACUUGGUUCCUUCUGACACCAGCACUUACCAGUUAUGAUUGAGGAGUGAGAAAAGAGAGUCUGCAAUGAACAAGUACCUUUAAACUUCUGCCUGGACCUAAUUAAGAUGCUCUGGUUGCAAGGAAAUAGCAUGCCGCUUGCCAGAUCCGCCUUUGGACUCUUCCUGAGAAAUUGCUCUGCCUCUAAGACAACUCUGCCUGUGCUGACCUUAUUCACAAAGGACCCAUGCCCCCUUUGUGAUGAAGCCAAGGAAGUACUCAAGCCGUAUAAAAACAGGUUCAUUUUACAGGAGGUAAACAUCACACUUCCAGAAAACUCUGUCUGGUAUGAAAGGUAUAAAUUUGACAUUCCUGUCUUUCACUUGAAUGGCCAGUUUCUGAUGAUGCAUCGAGUAAACACCUCAAAACUUGAAAAACAGCUCCUGAAACUUGAGCAGCAAAGUACUGGAGGCUGACUUAUGUCCUCAUGAUUUUCCACCCUCUCCUCCCAUAAAGCAUCUUCCUAAGGAAAUGACCAUGGCCUGAUACUCAUUUUGUCACUUGUACAAAACCCUAAGGAUGUUCUGAAUUCAGUGGUGCCAAAUAAAUGUUGACAUUCCUCUUUUGGUUGAUGGACAUAUCAGUGUGGGAACUAUUUGCCUAAUGGCAUUUUAUGAAAUAAGAAGAGCAUACUGGCAGGGAGGGAGAUGAUGGAGGGAGAGAGAAGUCCAUUUGUCUUAUUUAUCCUUUUUGUAUUAAUAGAGAAGCACUUCACAUUCACUGGGCAAUGCCAUUUAUAGGAAGAAGGUUCUGCAUUCCUGCUGCUGCCCUGGAGGGCUUAACUUUUUAAUGAAAGAAUAAAUGCUCUUCCACUCAGUAGAUAAAGUGAAAUGUGAAUUGUUAAUAACUGUGCACAGUCAAUAAAGGGAUGUUUUAAGGAA